GCUCCGUCCCAGGGGAAGAGUAUUUUCCAUAUGGAAAUGCAGUCCCCUUCAUGUUUUUCUUCCGUGGCCUUAGAGGGUGUUGUACCUGAAGGGAGCACCUGGGGAGUCUUCGGGCGUGUGCCAAGUGUACACGGACCCCUUUAGAAUUCAGGGAAGGGAAGGCGUACCCCUUUGGUCUUGACUCACAUUGCACAAGCAACAUCCUAUUUGGAUAAACGGACUGACGGAGACAGUAGUACCUUCCACCUAACGUCAUGGGCGGGCUCUGCAGGAAUGCAGCAAUUCAAAAGACGCACAAUCCAUUUUCCUCCUUGAUCCUCUUCUUUUCCAACACAACCAAAACUGCACACACACUGACACAUUCACAGGCACUGCACCACCAUCACAACCAUCACCACAACCACCACCGCAACCAUGAGCUUCCACCACCGUUCCCGGCUUCUGCGCUAUCUACCAGCAUCUCGUCACCACCUGCGCCCCCGCCGCCACCACCACCUACGCCGAGGUCACCGAGACCGUCACCGCCCAGGCCGCGGUCAUCGAGACCGUCACCGCCACGGUCACCGAAAUGUUCAUGGCCAUCCCCCUGGACAUCCCCGUCGUCGUCGGCGACAUCGCCUUCAACGUCCCUUUCACCCCCACCAUCAUCGUCCCCAUCAUCCUCCCACCCACCCGCACCGUCACCGUCACCAUCACCCCCACUCCCACCCGCACCCCUCUCGGCUACUGGGCCGAUUGGCUCAACUGGAUUUGAGGAGGGAUGGAAGGGGGAAGGGAGGAGAUGAAUGAAUGAAUGAUGUAUUUUAGUUUCAUCUUAAUCUGAAACGCCU